AUGGAUUCGCUCAUGACCCUACGUAGACCAAAUAUGGACGAGACAAUCGAAUGCUGGGAUGACGACGAUGACUUGCAACUCAAUGAUGCUAUUCAGUUUCGUACUGCGUCUAGUGCCGGAUCUAUUGCCACCUCUUCGGUUCGGCCGUCCGGACAUCGUGAUUCCAUAUCAUCUCGGCGGUCUGCCCGCUCGGAUCUUGAGUCCAAUGCUGGAGAUGAGGAUUGGCAGGUUCUUUUGCCCGAUAAUGAUGAAUUAUCCAAGGAAGAAGCUCUUGCCUCGGCCAAAAAUGCUGGGAUUCCCUUACCUGCGGAUAUCCCAAGUUCUGCUCUUCUGGGUGGUGCUAUCAAGCGCUUGUCAGCUCGGAAGACAAAUAGAACAUUCGUUGAUGACUGGUCGGAUGAGGUGGAGCUCCCGGGGCCGGACGCAGUAUUGGAGCUCAGAAUGCCCCAGGACUCGCUCUUUCCAGAUACCCUACAGCAGAUCAGCUCUGUCGCCACAAGUCCCGUGAAGUCUACGGCCUCGCCAUCCUGGAACGAAAAUAUCUCAACGCACUUGCAGUCUGCAUUAGCAACUCUAGAUGAUUUCCAGGAUGGGGAAGAUACGCCAGUCUACCAUGACGCCCCCACUAUCAAAGCUCCGAUGCCUCGAUCUCCGCGAAAAUCGGUAGUUACCGCUACCAGUGGAGGUCUCGCCGUGAAACGGGAAGAUGAUGACUUUGAUCAAGACCUCGAACUACCUCCUGACCAUAGACCUCUUCAGCUGGCCCGCCGAAAGGAUUAUGCUGGUGAUUCCAGCCCUACUCUAGAAGACUUUGACUUUGAAUGGUCUGAAGGUAGCAUAGGUGUGCGAGUUGGUGGUACCGCACGAGAUGGACGUUCAGUUCCAAGCUCCACCAUGUCUAUUGCAAGCCCCAGUGUCUCCAGCUGUAUCACUGGGGAAAGCGAGGAUGAUGGACUGGACGGUCUCGUAUUCCCUAACGGGCCUGUGGACUUCAAUGCCUCUCUCAAGAAACGACAUGACAGUCAGGCUGCAGAUGUUCCAAUCACGGCGGGGGACAGUCAAGACGCAUCGCAUCCCCGGGAUGCAGACGACUUCUUCUCUGGAAUCGAGGUCGACAAUGGCAGAGCAUUCGCCUCGGGGAAGUUGUCACUGAAUCCCAACUCGCAAACACUUCGGAUUCUCCGCGAACUCGAAUCCCACGUUUAUCUGGUCAUGACCGAACUCAUUCCACCCAUCUCGAAACUGUAUCCGAAAGUGGCGCACCGCUUUCCAAAUUCCGAAGAUCACAAUCCCGACUCGGACAUUCAGCUCAAUCGUCCAUCUCUACCGGCGGAUCAUCGGUCAGCGGGCUUCCGUAGAUUCUGUGGCAGCUGGAGAGUCCAAUGCACCCAGCAGACAUCUCCGAACGAAACGAUCUAUGCCCGUCGUACGGGGUGGGGCGGAAUCACAUUGGCCCAGUCCUCCCAACGAUCAUCUUCUCACCCGGAUGAGCCCGUUCGUCCAGUCCCCUUCAAGAGACCUAAGACUCCGGUUGAGCGCAUCUCCCACGAGGAAAGGUCUUUGGUGACCAGCCGUCGAGCACAAGCGCCGGCUCUUCAGCCAGGAUCAAGAGAGCGACAGUCCCAUCACACCGGUGUGAGAAGCUACCACUCUUCCCGCCGCAUCAACUCAGACGGCUCUGGUGGUCUCCUCAGUCCGCAGGGCGCUUUGAUUCGUCUGUCGCGGUCGACUCGCCCCGAGGCUCUCCGUCUUGGCUUCGGUGACCCCGGCACAGAAACCAGCAGCCCAACAGCAAAGCGCACACUUACUCGACCUGCCAAACGACGGAAUUUUGGCGAUGGCACUGAGUUGGAAUCAUUUGACGAUUUGCCUACAUCCACCUCUACCGAAAGCAAGUUUGUCAAGAACCCUGCCGGCAAAGGCGCUCCAAGAUCUGUGCGAACCAGACUCAGUCAGAGCCGUAUUACUCCGCCCAUUGAUUCUCCAACUCUAUCCUGCACACCACCUUCAACAUCCAGGUCGAACCCAACUCCAAGGUUCGCUCGCGACACCAAUGCAUCCCGCAAUGCGAGGGAGCAACGCAUUGCCUCCAUGACUUCCAAGAGCCGCGACUCCAAUCCGCUUGCUUCUUUCAACUCCAAUUGGAAAGCGCAUCCUAUUACGCGUAUAUCCCCGAACUCAGCCCCUGUUCGGAGCCGGAAACCCAGGCCCACGACAAAAUUAACAUCAAAACCUCAUUUAAUCAAGCCCAUAGGAUCCGGGGUACAGGAGUCCAAAUCUGUGGGGGGCAUGCGAUAUAACCCGGCAACUUUCCUCUGGGAGGGCAAUGAGAAUUCGGUGCAAAAUUUUGAAAUUUCUAAGGGCCCCAAAUCACCUAAGCCUGCUCCGGCUCUCAUCACUAAUGUCGGUACCAUGCAAAAUGUUCAGGCAGCUGGGAACCAAGACGGAGUCAUGCUCGAGGACGAAGAUGACGUUUUCGCCGGCUUGGAUGAUUUAGAAGACAAGACUGUUGGGACUACAGGGCGAACAUCCGGAGCACUGGACGACUUCAAGGCUCAUACCGUCGGCGAAGAUCCGAGUGCCGGCGAGUCCUCUGACGAAGGCCCUAUUACGGAAGAAUUCGAUGUCGGCCCGGAGUUCAUUCGACGACAACGGGCCGAGGAGGAGAAGUGGAGGCGGAAGGUGGAUAGGUGGAUUGAGUCUGAUCACGGAGACCGCGGUGCCCCUUGGCGAUGGACCAUUCGUGACCUAGUGGCCGAUGACACCGGAUAUCUCGCGGCCUAG